GUUUGCUAGUCGUUUAAAAAAGAUUGCUUAGCCACCGCAGAACAUUAAUAGAUCGUAGAUAAAAUGAGGAGAAUAUAUUUGCUGUUUUUUCUGCUAGUCGGUUCCAGUUAUGUGUUAGGCGAAGAAGCUGAUAUAGAAAAAAUAAUGAAGGAUCAUCAAAUUAUACCAGAUGUAAUCGAUAAAGGACCUAAAGAUUUCUUGAAAAUCAUUUAUAAUAAUAAGAAAGAGGUAAACUUGGGUGCCGAAUUAACACCAACCCAGACGAAAGAUGAGCCUGUGGUUGAAUGGAAUGGAGAACCUAAUGCUUAUUAUACCUUAAUUAUGACAGAUCCUGAUGCGCCCUCACGUCGAGAACAUCAAUUACGUGAGUGGCAACAUUGGAUGGUCGUCAAUAUUCCCGACAAGGCUUUAAAUAAAGGCGAAGUGUUAACGGCUUAUGUUGGUUCCGGGCCACCGAAAGAUACUGGUUUGCACCGCUAUGUCUUCCUGCUGUACAAACAAUCCGAAAAGCUAAAUUUUAUUGAGCCUUAUUUAUACAAUAAUAGCACAAACGGUCGAUCUGGAUUUUCAACACUCAAAUUUGCUCGAAAGUAUAAACUUGGUCAACCAAUUGCUGGCAAUUUUUACCAAUCGCAAUACGACAAUUACGUUCCUCAAUUGUAUAUGCAGUUAGGUGUUAACUUAUAAAAGUUAUCCUCAAUUAGCCAACUUUGCA